GCGCGCUUUAUCUCUGACUUCACGCUCGUCUUCUUGUUAUGGUGCGGGACGCCCAGUGGAAACACCUUCAACCUGUCCGGAGAUUUUCUGUGUUUAAAUCUGAUCUAAACUGUAAAUCAGUUCGUUACCUGGCCUGGAGAUGGAAAUAUCCACGGAGGCAGAAGACGGAGAGCGCAGAUGGGAACACUGGAAGCUUCUGUCUAAUCUGAAGACGACUGUUGAAGGGUUACUGUCCACAAACAACCCUAAUGUGUGGUCCCGCUAUGGGGGUCUUCAGCGCCUCCACAAGGACAUGAACAACAUCCUGGGCCACGGCCUGAAACAUGAACAGAUUUACUAUAAACAAAAGGACUACUGGCGUUUCGUGUGGUGUGUGCGCUAUCUCUGUCCUCAUCUCGCCCGUCAUGUAGAACAGUUCAGUCAGCUGGAACCUGUGCUGAGCAGUAGCGUUCAGUGCUUUGGCGAGGGUUAUAAAGCCGAGCGUUGGCUUUUACACAGCCUCCAAGGUCACAUCUUAUCUGCCCAGCUCAAACCGCUACUGCAACAUAAGACAAACACACAGAAAUAUUACAAUGACGGGGCUUUCCUGUUGAGUGAACCACACGUGUCUGCCAUGUUCCAGUGUCUGGAGGCCGUAGAGCAGAAUAACCCUCGGCUGCUGGCUCUCAUAGACACCGGCAGGCUUUCACAUUUGAAAGAGUCUGCGUUUGGUUUGCUGAAGAGCCAGAGUUUGUGUUUACUGCCCGGGGCCACAGGAAGUUGGAGGCCUGCGGACAGUUCAGAGUCCCGUCGGCUCACUACGUCCCAGAGCUGCCUUACAGAGCUUCCCAGCACCCCACACUCCAAGAGCAGCUCAGAUGUCACUCCAUCCAGCAGUGCUCAGGGAGCUCCAUGGGUGUGCAGUAGGGGAAACCAGGACGCAGGAAUACCCCAGAUCUCCUUCACUGAACCUGCCUCACCCGCUCCACCUGAGAUCCGGGAAUGUGUUGAAGCAGAUCUGGAUGACGGCCCGGAGUAUCUGGCUAUCGGUAAUCUGGGGAAGCAUAAACGGCGUGACUCGUCCAGCUCCACUCAGAGCAGUGAACUCAUGGCAACUCAGGGUGACACUCACACUCCUUUGGCUCCGCCCCCACCACGCCGCUGCUCUUUCUCAGAGGCUCAGAAAACUACAGGGCGGAGCUCGAGGGGCCACAUCCGGUCUCUGUCUGACACGGGCGUCACACAGAAACAGAAAAAUGGAGGGAAUCACAGGAAAAUCACCAUUAUUAUCGAAGACCCCGUCGCAGAAUCUGUCACGGCUACACCCAUUUCAAAGAGCUGUGGUCCUUUCUCACCCCAGAGCAGUGAUAGCAGCACCAGCAGUUCCCUUUAUAUGGAGUCUACAUGUGAACUUGCAGACAGCAGCCAGUACAACAGCGUUCCAGACGGAUUGUUCCGCAGACCGUCCGAGGGUCAGAGUCUGAUCAGCUACCUCUCCGAGCAGGACUUUGGCAGCUGUGCUGAUCUGGAAAAGGAAAAUGCCCACUUCAGCAUCUCUGAGUCUCUGAUCGCUGCCAUCGAGCUGAUGAAAUGUAACAUGCGCAGGCCGGUGGAGGAGGCAGAAGAAGAGGGCGAUAGUGACACGGAAAUCCAGCAGCUCAAACAGAAAAUCCGUCUGCGCAGACUGCAGAUACGCCGCACGCGGAUGAAGCCGCCGACCUCCUCUGAUAACCAAGUCCCAUCUGUGGAUAGUGGCGGCUCUCGGAGGAGCUCCCAGGAUUCCUUUCACCCCUCUGACUCUGGCUCGGAUAGAGACGUAGAGGAUAUUGAGCUCAAAGAUGGCAAUGAUGGUCAGUCCCUGCUGGCGGUGUCUCAGAUCGGCCUGUCCCUGUCACUCGCAUCCCUCUUCUCAGAUGCAGACAUCAAACGCAGUGCAUCCAGCAGCAGAUCCUUCCUCAGCUCAGACUCCAUCUCUCCAUCCAUGCUACAGUCCAACUCAGCAGAGUCGGUGGCGAUGGGUCUCCUCAGACAGUUUGAGGGCAUGCAGCUGCCCGCUGCCUCAGAGCUUGAGUGGCUGGUUCCAGAACACGACGCCCCUCAAAAACUCCUUCCAAUACCAGAUUCUCUUCCCAUUUCACCUGACGAUGGCGAACACGCGGACAUUUACAAAUUACGUAUCCGAGUGCGAGGGAAUUUGGAGUGGGCUCCUCCCAGACCACAGAUCAUCUUCAACAUCCACCCUCCUCCAAAGAGGAAAGUGGUGGUGGCCAAACAGAACUACCGCUGCGCUGGCUGCGGCAUUCGCAUCGAUCCAGACUAUAUCAGGAGGGUGAGGUACUGUGAGUAUCUGGGCCGCUACUUUUGCCAGUGCUGUCACGAGAACUCACAGUCUGUAGUGCCAGCAAAGAUCCUCAGGAAGUGGGACUUCAGCAAAAGCUACGUCAGCAACUUUUCCAGGGACUUGCUGGCCAAGAUCGCAGGAGAUCCUCUCUUUAACCUCAACGACAUCAACAGCGGCCUUUACAAGAAAGUCAAAGCCCUGGAUACAGUGCGCGCAUUGAGGGAACAGUUGAACCACAUGAAGAAUCUGUUAAAAACGUGCCGUUUGGCUAAAGAGGUGCUGGAUCAGUUUGACACUCUCCCUGGUCACCUGACCGAAGACUUUCACCUCUUCUCUCUCAGCGAUCUCACGGCUGUCCGCAGCGGCAGUCUGGCGCCAAAGCUUCGAGAUCUGCUGCGCCUCGGCUCCAGCCACGUCACGGACUGUGUGCUCUGCCAGGCCAAGGGCUUCAUCUGUGAGUUCUGUGGAAAUGACAAAGACAUCAUCUUCCCCUACGAGCUCAACAAGUGUCUGCGCUGUGAAGAUUGUCAUGCUUGCUAUCACAAGACCUGCUUUAAGGGAGGGAAGCAGUGUCCGCGCUGUCUGAGACUCGCCGAGAGAAGAGAGCGGAUGGCACGCAAGAACAUGGAGGAGCAGGAGGACAGAGAAGAGGACGAGGCCAGCGGGACCUAACACACAAUACCAGUAAGACUUCACCAGAGCACAGUGAAUGUAGUGACUGAGAUUCAGCCAAACGUUUCUUGAUUCCCGUCCCGAAUAAGCUGCUCUAAAGUCCUGCUGAUUGCAGCACAAUGGAUCAUUGAUGCUACAAAGACUUGUAUGUGCAAACAAGACGUUUCUGCUUUUAAGGACUGCUGCCUACGGAUACAAAAUUGUAUUGUUUGAUUUUUACGAUUUGCCAAGUUUUUGUUCGCUCGUUUCCUCCGUCCUUAAAAAUCAAGUUUGUUUUAAUCAACAGGCUGUUGAGUCCUGUGUCAUGAACUUUUAUGUCUUGUUUUUGUCUGCGUCCACUUUGUGUUGGUUAUAUUAUAAGUGUAUAACCUGUUGUGUGCCUCUUUAAUGACUGUUCGUUUGUAUCGAUGAGAGACGGAGAAAGGCAGCUGAACUCCGGCGAGUUUUGCACAACCUUUGUUUCCCGAGAGGUUUCUAGAAGUGCCAGAAUCCAGCUUACUGUGUUAAAGAUAAAAGCUACUAAAUCAAAAGUCCUCAUUUAUGAAAUGUGAGCCAAAUUUGUUAAUCAUUUGUAAAUAAAUAUUAUGAACUUAAUGCAACAAUAGACAAUUUUCUUGUUUGUUACUUAGAAAUUAGUUUUGUUCAUGUUUCACAAAUGAGGCCCAACACUGGUCUUUAUUUGUAAAUGUAAAGGCCUUUUUGCUUUAACAUUUUGCACCUACCAAAAAUGGCACUUUGUAUGUUUUCCUGUCAUUUGUUUGACAAAUUAUGUCUUGUUGGUUCUUUGAUUUGCACUAGUUUCAUGUUUGUUUGAUUGUACUAACGUUUGAGCCGGAACAUCAUUUCAACUUCUCACAUUCAGUCCAAAAUCUUGAACACUGGCCCAUACUUGUCCAGUGAAGAAGACACGUUACCAAAAGUGUUAUUUGUUUUAAAGAGUUUAUUAGUUUGGUAGGUUGUCUACAUAGAAUUCUCUACAUCAUACAUACUAGACCCAAGUUAAUGUAGUAUCUAAAAGAAAAUCUAUUCAAGAGCCCGUUUGUUUGCUGCUGUGAGUAUAUCUGAAGCAAUAACGACCAUGUGCUACUUUGCCACAAGCAUAAAAUGACUUGAAUGCACUGACCUUAUGUAUAUAAGAUUGAAUGAAUGGACAAACUUGCUUAUGAGAUCUGAAAUUAAUAGGUCUUGAUAUUAACUUUAUAACUUUUCAUUUGAUCCUGCUGACGAUGUGUCCACUUGAGCUUAUUGUUGUAAAAUUACUGAAUUGCCUUUUUUAUUCAGGGGCUUUUGAUGCACUAUUUGAGAAAAUGUACAUAAUUUCUUAUUGUUAAAUGUGUAUAUAUGUAACUAAAAAUUAAAGAUGUUUAGACUGUG